UCGUGGCUCUUCCCGAAUUAGACCUUUUUGAGGUGGAAGGUAAGAUGCCUUGUUCCUUUUUCCCUUCAUGCUCUUACUUCCCCUUUCUACUAUUCUCAUCCAAAUUACAUUCAUCGUUCAUUGAGUCGUCCGACCAUGUACAGCAGGUAUUUAAUAUUUUCUCAUUUUCUAUUGCUUACCAAAUGCUGUGUCCUUCAGAAAACUCUUCCAUCAUCCAGCUUUCAAAGCUACUAGCCGGAUUGACGACCUGAUCUUACUCGGCGCACGGGAUGAUGCAGUUCAAUGAUGAGAUAUUCUGCAAAAAAAAGUAUGUGAAACCAUGCUUAAGAGAGGGAGACUAGUCCACAUCCCGCCACAUCCACCAUGCAAAUGAAAACUCCUCGCAUGAGCGAUAACAUAUUUGACCUCCUGAAACAAACAUCAUGGUAGGACUACCGGAGGACAUAUAUCAUAUUGUGUUCUUGUGAAUCAUCUCCACGUAUACUAAUGUUUCUUUCCUCUUAACCAUAUUGCUGAAUUUCAAGGGUACUUCCCCUCCUUCCAAUUGCAGAAUCAACCUGCUACAAACCGCAUUAUUUUCAAACAUGUUCGACGUUUCGUGGACUGAUCCUACACGGGAAACCGUUGGCCAGAGGAAACAUCGCAAGGACCAAACGUCUACCAGAGGAUCAUCGCCGUCAAUACGGAGCUCAAAUUCCAGCGAUUCAUCCAAGUCAAUCAAGCACUCUAUCUUUGGAUUCUUUGGGAGUGGCAACAAGAAGGUAUCAGCCCCAGCAGCAGUGACCUCUCCCAAAUCGCCAGAAUUCAGGACCGAACAGUCUUCAAAAGUUUCUCGUCGAAUGUCAAGCUAUACCAGCACUUCGGAGACAUCAACACAAGAGGUACGUGAAACGACUACGACAACUAUCACGCGUAUUCCAGUAAAUGGAUUCUUUUCAACAGUUCAACCGUACCAAGAAUCCGAGAGAAGUCCUUCGGACGGUAAGCUCUCUUCCACUGGCAUUGAUCUCAAACUGAUCUUGAACAGAGUCUAUUUUCUCUGGUUAUACUGGUAGAUCAGCCGGAACCAAGUCAUCAUGGGGCUCUAUGGCAGAUGGACAAAGCAAGAAUCGUUUCAUUCAACCUCUGAGCCCAAAUUCUUUUGUCACUCAAAGUACUGAGGUCACCGUCGCCCCAAGUGAGGAUUUCAGUGCCUCCGAACAACUUGCCACUGUCGUUCAUAUCACUUCAGGAACAGUUCCAAUUCAGAUCCACGACUCCACCAUAAGAGAGUAAGAAAGGUUAACCUACCCCUGUCAACUUCUCGCUGACACAUUAGAUCUGCUUUAUCAUCAACUUCCUCAACAUAUGACUUCCCACUUCCACCUACACACAAUCCCGAAACCCCAAAGAUACCAAGCUCUCCGAAAAUGUUAAGCUCCAGAAGUGACAUCGGUGCUAGAACCACCGAGUGGUCAAUUACAGCGAGGAACAGGCGUUCAGAUUCGUGGAGACCUCCCGAAACAUGGGCAUGUCCGGCAGAAGAAACGGCAUCAUCAGUCGCCUCAUUGAAGUCUUCGGGGUCACGACGAAGGAGAAAAGCUCGUGGCCGUAAUCGCUCGCCUUCUAACUCGGAGCAGACACAUUUGCAAAUGAAUAUUCGUAAAAUGGAAGCCGCAAGCAAUAAGAUUAUUCUGGAAAGAUUGAAGGAAGAAUGGAUGCAAGUGGCCGACGCUUCAGUAUAUCGAGAACUUGAGCUGGAAAAACAGCUCUGGAUGCUCACUGCCUUGCGAGCGAUUAACCGCGUUGCUAAAACCCGUGAUGCUUCCCGGGCGCUCACUGGAGCACCGCAAGCUGGAAAGAUGCUUUCAUUGUACGAGAAUCACGGUGAGUCCUCUCUCCAUUGUCCCUAGUCGCAUACUCACAUAAACAGCUUCUGCAUCUUUCCUGUCGGCUUUAAAUCCGGAAAGACAAAUACACCACAUCUCCACAAACCCUCUGUCGCCAAGAUCUUAUCCGAAUAUUCAUCCUCUUGCCAUUCCAGGCCCAACUUCACAACUAUCUUAUGCCUCAAAUAUUUUCGUUGCAAUUCACUCUCUGGGUCUACCAUCUUUACUCCCUUCAUCUUCUAUCCCCAAUAUACUCAAAGAGUGUCACCGUACCCUCAUCUCUGCCCGAAAUUCAACAUCAGAAACGCCAGUCUCAUCUACGUCAGUUAGUACAGUUGCGUCCACUCAACCUGGCAUUCUUUAUUUAACCAUCCUCGAUCCUUGUCCAGUUCCCUCUUCACUUGGCCCGCGCCUGCGAGCUUGGCUCGACACUCACCUAACAGUAAAUCUUGAGAAACAAUUCCGUUGUCUAAACCCCACCCGUCUAUUUCCAUUAUGGUUGGCAGAUGCCGGACUAUGGGCUGAGGGGAGCUGCACCUCGUCUCUGAAAUUCCUAGCAUGUGUUGGCAUCGUAAAUGGAGAAGAACAAGUAGAAUGGCAGCUGAAGAGCGUGAUGGGAAGAAUGCUGUGGAAAGAAUUGUGGGGAAGUUAUGUCGAAGGUGGGAAGUGGUGGUGGGAUGAUGCUGGAAUUGUGGAAGAGUGCGAGAGGAUGGGAACUUGCUGGGCUGGAAGUAUUAUUGAAGCUGUAAAGGAAGGAUAGUUUUGAAGAAACUCAGCGUUUGAUUGGGGCAAUACGGCUUUCUUUUCCCCAUAUUUGCGGAUGGGGGCGUUUGGUUUGCGAUGGCGUAUACCUUUUCUUCAUUUUUCCGCACAAUUCCCCCCCUGAGGCCCCCUCGUUUUCGACUCUUAGUUUCCUCGUGUAACAGUCGAUGUCAUAAUUUCACAAUCCAAUCCAAUACAAUACAUAUCAUCUUCGUAACCUUACACCAUGAGAAGCAAGAAUAUUAAUAAACACGCAAGAUUAUGCUUCCAAACCGUCACACCUACCUGUAUCCUCCCGCCAAUACCACCGCAAAUCUGCAGUGAUCCAGCAUUCCCGAACCCCACCUUCCCUUCCCAUCUCCGUACAUUAUUUCAUUACAUAUCCAGCUCAUCUUUCUUCCCUGUCCUGCUUCUUCGUCUUCUUCUUCUUCUUCUCAGAGAGCUCAAAGAGUCCUCAAAAUCCACUUAUCACUGAUUUUUAUUUUUCAGGGUUGCGUAAAAUUCUUUGUUGCAUAUCGUAAAUCCUCGGUCGAGUCAGUUGUUGUGAGGACCUUGGAUUGAUGGCCCGGUUUUUUCGUUGCGGGUGGGUCUUUGUUGACGUGCUCUUUCGGGGGUGUUUAGAGGAACUGAGUCAGGAUAUGGGGCGAUGAUUUGGGGGACGAGUCAAGAGCGAGAGGAGUUUUGAGGUUGAGGAUUUUUAUCGGGAAGGUUGGGGAGCGAAGGAGGGAAGGGAGUUGAGUAUAGCGGUUCUAAUAUGGCUUAUUUUUACUGUUGUUUUUGGUGAUGUUAAUAAUUGUCAUUAGAGUAGAAGAUGGAUAGAAUGUUGAUUGAGGAAUGUGCAUUGCAUAAACACAUAUAUUAUAAGAGGACAAUAAUAAUAACCUCACCCCAGUUUAUGCUUAAUCUUACAAUACAUAACCACAUCCAAAAGAAUUUCACUCACCUCAGCAAUUCAGCAAGUAUCCGAGAUCAUUUCAGGGGUAUGUACGGUGUCCUUCACAUCUCUGCUCUCAUCCCAUCACCCCAUCAUAUCAUCCUCACAAUUGGGAUAUGUACUGGUAGGUAACCUUACCUACCGUCUAACCUCAAGUUAUCCAGUUCUACAAAUUCCCCAUCACCAAAAACCUCACCAGCUAGCUGCAGCACGAAGAAAGAAAAGAAAAUUACCAAAAACAGCAACUCCAUCCACCUCGUAAAAUGCGACAUGCAACAAAAAGUUGC